AUGCCGCCAAUCAGAUCAUACGCGGAAUUCCCUAUUAACCCGGUGAAGCCCAAUCAACUUUUGCCUUUACCUGGAAUGACAAAACAAACCGGCUUGCUCUGCCCCUCCUGCCGCAAACCACACUCCACAUCCUACUUCACCCCCGCUAAACAAGGACACGAGCCGCUAAUUGGCGUAACGUGUCGUGCAUCCAGAUACAUUCGAUCUUAUAGCCUUGCACAAGCCAAGUCCGCUGUUAUCAAACACAAUCUACUGCUGCAACGCCGUGCUGUACCAUCUAGUACUUUGACUCAGGAACAAGCCGAUUACAAUUACGCUAUGCAAGUAUUGCAACUCAUCAACGGCGACAUGCCUGGUGCAAUCUCUUCCAACCAAAACAACGGGCGAAAAAAGAAGCCGUCCAAGCCACUACCUACGGACCAACAGUGCUCAGGAUACCUUGGUCAAUUUGCUACUGGCCAUACAGCGCACAAAAAUGCGGGAUGUGCCAUCCAGGCGUGCCGUAAUUGCUGCGAACAGCUCAAGCCUUUGCAUCUACGCUGCUCCAAACAUAAUGCGAUGACGAAACCCAACAAGGCUCCGGUAGAAGCUCGUGACGUGGGAGUUGCAAAUCGGACCAUUACACAAACCCCAUCUAAUCAACUACGUGCUCGAUCCCCCAGCUCAGAUUUUGGAGAUCAAGACGACAUCGAUCCGAUUCUUACCCAAGGCCCAACCCCAACUCAGGCCCGACCGGCCACCCAAGCCGCGCAAAGGUUUGCUAGCCCUUUGACCCCAGCGCAGGUUAAUAGAUUUAGAACGACGACUAUCCAGAAACAAGCUCAGGAGUGUGAAGACAAGGAUAACGCUAAAGUCGCCGAAAACACUGUGACAUUUGUUGUUUGGGCCGGGCUAGAUGACGACCCUUGCGGAUUUGAGACUUGGCGUGUGUACGCUCCACGAUGGCCUAACUUGUCACUCAAUAACUCACACACCUUGAUGGAACAAGUACGGAACAAAUUUGGAAACGAGUGGAAUGGAGAUCUCCGGGUGUGGAUACCAGACGAGAAAGCAUGGGUCAAAAUGCAAACGUCAAUAGUUGAACCGUACAACCCAACCUAUCGCCGCAUCCUCAUUGUGUUUCCAGGGGUCAACAUCGCAACAUGCCAGGGAAUGGAAACAAAUUUAGAAUCGGUUCGCACAAUGACUGUUGUUCAGAAAAUGGACAUGAAAUCAAUAUUAAAUACUGCAGCAUAUACUCGAUUCAAAACGCCAUCGGCCAUACGCCAAGCGAAUAUGCAGAUAAGUUUAAUUUCAGACAACAAAGAUGAAGUUGAAGGUGAUGAAGGUGAAGUCGAACAACUGAACAUGUCCAGCCCUGACCUACCGGAACCAAAUGUUGUAGAAACUUUGAUUGCCCAAAAACCAAUGGCGACUGAGCCGGCUUCAUCUUCAACGUCAACAGCCAAUGCUCCAGAGGCAGUUGCCCAACCAAAAGACUCGAAGGCAGGAUGGCCUACAUCUCCUACAACCAUCACGAUGAAGUCGCUCCAAAGGUAUUUGACACUCACGCUUGCGCCUCUCAACCUUACAAGCCAGUUAGCUUUCGCUCAGGAGUAUGGAAAGACGCAUGAAUUUACUAAGUCCACGGUUAACAAAUACCACAAAUGGUUAAAGGAUUAUGUUGGAGUUCAACGGCUAUCCGAAUACGUCCAGCAGCACCCCAAUCAUACUGUGCUUGAUGGAUUGGACUUUUUUAGACUCGAAUGGCAGGAGCUCGACAAACGGCGUAAAAAGAACGCCACUCGCGCGACUCGUAAAUCGCCGGAGUAG